UCUGAAAUGCCUACUUCUUAUUUAUUAAAAAAGACUUAAGUUGUGGAGCAAUCUUAUCUAUCAACACCAUACUUGGCGCACACCUAAACAGCAUGUCCCACAUUGCAAGGCUCAUGGACGUGUCGACCGGUACCCCCGCCAAUAUAUGUUAUAUAACUUCCAGAAGCCAGAGAGGGCCUAAAUUCCCAUAAAACGGGACCUCGAACUCGAAGUCGGGCUGUGACGGAAUCCGGAAAAGACCGCGAAAACGUGAGCAAACAGAUGAACACAUUGUAUUAGGUUUGCUUUGUUAGAUCUGCCUUGCUGCAGUGCAGAGGUUCAGGUGGCAGUGGACCCUCAAAUCUUGGGGAUGUAUUGGAGCUGCUGUUUUUCUGGGCAUCUUGUGAAUUGAGAGACGAGAGACAUCCAUGGUGGGAGUGGGGCCCUUUCUCUCUUUCUUUUUAUUUUUAAAAUUUAUAUUUUUUUUACUUGCAAGAUUUGAUUACAUGCAUUAAGGAGUUCACCCACUUCCUAAUUACUCCAUUGACAGAGGAAGUAAAUAAUUUUUUUUCCUGGAAUUGAUUAUUUAUUUGGUGAGAUCUAAUGAAAUUCAUUGUAAACGAUUUCUUGCUGGGAUAGUGAGUAGUAGGUUGCUUCAUUUAAGCCUCUUCUCUUCCAUGGAAGAUUCUACUGGCAGAUGAGUUUAUGUGCAUGUCAUCACUUCCCAUCGUUCAUCAUCAUUCAUCAAUCCUCCCAUACACACAUACAUACAUGCACAUAUAUAUGUAAAUUGACAGAGAGAAGUGUGUCCCAAUCCCAAGAGCUGUGGUUUGAUUGGGGGAAUCCUCGGAAAAAAGGGACUCAGCUUCUGCCUUCGACUGAUCAUCUGAUUCCUCUCAGGGAUGUCGAGGGGACUUAUAGCUGUCUUGCUGAUAGUGGCGCUGGCAUGGGCUUACCAGAGUGUCCUCCGCCCCCCUCCGCCUAAAGUCUGUCGCUCUACCGGCGGUCCACCAGUCACGGCCCCGAGGAUAAGGCUCAGAGACGGCAGACAUCUGGCCUACAGUGAGUUUGGGGUGCCAAAGGACAUGGCCACUCGCAAGAUCAUCUUUGGUCAUGCUUUUGAUUCCUGCAGGCAUGCAACCAUAGCGAAAAAUCUUUCCCCGGAAGUGAUUGAAGAACUCGGUCUGUACAUCGUGUCCUUCGACAGACCGGGAUAUGGAGAAAGUGAUCCUGACCCAAGGAGAACACCGAAGAGCUUAGCAUUAGAUGUGGAAGAGCUCGCCGACAGCUUGGGGCUGGGGUUGAAGUUUUAUGUUAUUGGGCAUUCCAUGGGAGGUCAGGCUGUUUGGGGAUGCCUCAAGUAUAUUCCUCAUAGGCUAGCUGGGGCGGCUUUGUUGGCUCCAGUGGUGAACUACUGGUGGGCAGGCUUUCCAGACGACUCGGCCAUGGAAUACCAUAGGCAACCCAAGCAGGACCAGUGGGCUGUCAGGGUGGCACACUACUUCCCGUGGCUCACCUACUGGUGGAACACCCAAAGAUGGUUCCCAAGCUCAAGUGUCACAGCCCGCAACAAUCCCGCUAUCUUCUCCCAUCAAGAUAUCGAGCUCAUUCGCAAGGUCGCUGGGCGAGAGACAUACAGGCCACAGGUGAGGCAGCAAGGAGAAUUCGAGUCAAUUCACCGAGACAUGAUGGUUGGGUUUGGACAUUGGGAGUUCAGUCCCAUGGAUCUCGAGAACCCUUUCCCUGAUAAUGCAGGCUCCGUCCAUCUAUGGCAGGGAGAUGACGACAAGGUCAUGCCAGUCUCCUUGCAGCGGUUAAUAGCCCAGAAACUCCCAUGGAUCCACUAUCAUGAAAUCCCCAGUGCCGGGCAUCUAUUCCCGAUAGCCGAGGGAAAAAGUGAAGCUGUGGUCAGGUCACUAGUAGAAGGACAGAAGUAAAUUGAGGGAUUGGCAAGCACACUUUAGAUGAGAGCUCAUUCAUUUCCCUUUUUUUCUUGUAUCUUAUAGAGAGAAGACUCGAUAUUGCUAAAUGACGAGCCAUUUCAUUUUCGGUCGAGUAAGUUGGUGAA